AUGAAAUAUUUAUUUAAAAAUUUUUCAGUGCUAUUGAAACUAAUCUUGGUGUGUACGGCCACAAAAAUCCUCGGCUUGCCAAACGGAGCGCCGGGGAAAUCAUGCUACGACCUAGCUCCGGUCCACCCAGGAAUAAAUGCCCAAGGAUCAUAUCCUCCAUACGAAAUACGAGCUGUUGCGGGCCAGGGCAGGAUACGGUUGACCCUUGGAAGUCCCCAAGGCUUAGCAUUUCAAGGAUUCAUUAUCAACGCCCGGGAUGUUGAGACCGGCGAAUUUGUCGGGGAGUUUGUUGAUUUACCCAAAGACAUUCAAGCCAUUGAAUGCACCCCCGGCAUGAAUAAUACACUUACUCACAAAAAUAAAGUAGAAAAAAGAAAUUUGGAGGUAUUUUGGACUCCGCCGGAAAACUACGAAGGAACUGUAAUCUUCAACUCAACUUUCCUCCAAGAUUACGCAACUUACUGGGUGGGAGUAGAGUCACCAGCAAUAACAGUUUUGCGCGAUUCUAUCCAAGUGAUGACAACGGCUCCUCCGCCAACAACCGAAAGAACAAGCACACCACCGUAUUAUGAGCUUGAUACUCAGCAAUCGACUGAGUCAACAAAACGACAUCCAAUAUACGAGGGAUGUGGAACAACGAAAAAUUGCUUCGGUAGUACGGACGAGUGUAUUGCUACGGGAACAUGCAACGCCGCGGUUACUGUUGAAGUCAAGGGAGAGACAUAUUCUUUUGAAUUAUUCGGCUUGGAUUCCAAAUUUGUUGCUGUUGGUUUGUCUGAAGACAAUAAGAUGGGAGAAGACAGCGUAGUGGAAUGUGUCGAUGAAAAUGGACGAGUAGAUAUCCACAUGUCAUGGAACAAAGGAAAGUCAAAUUCUCGAAUUGCACCGAUGUCAGGAUUAUCUCCUGUAAAUAGAUCAAUCGUAAAUGGGGCGCUUUACUGCAAGUUCACGAGAGAGAAAACAACUUUAGUGGAGGGACGUGAAUUUGAUUUGGUGAACGGAGCUUACUGUCUGCUCCUGGCAUCAGGAAGUCAACUUAAACCUAAUGGUGUAGGGUAUCACAAUCUCGUGUACCGCGCCUCGGACAAGCCAACAAAAUUAGCCGAUAUACGUGAAAUAGUUGCGUCCAGUGAUUUACUUAUACGCAUACACGGAGCUUUGAUGAUCGCAUCCUGGAUCGGAACCGCUUCUAUUGGGAUGCUUAUGGCCCGUUAUUACAAACAGACAUGGCUUAGGUCGCCCAUGUGUGGCAAGGAUCAAUGGUUUGUUUGGCACAGAUUCUUCAUGGUAUUAACCUGGUCAAUGACAAUAGCCGCCUGUGUAAUAAUAUUCGUGGAGCUGGGCACCUGGAGUUCCGAGACAAUCCACGCGUCUUUAGGGCUUGCUACCACGAUAUUAGCUUUCGUCCAACCAUUUAUGGCUGCUUUGAGGCCGCAUCCAGGCACACCUAGACGACCGCUUUUUAACUGGAGCCAUUGGUUUAUCGGAAAUGCCGCUCACAUUUGUGCUAUAAUUGCACUAUUUUUUGCGGUAAGAUUAAACAAAGCCAAGCUGCCAGAUUGGGUGGACUGGAUCCUGACGGCAUACGUCGUUUUCCACGUCCUUACGCACAUAGUUCUCUCGUUUGCCGGCUGCGCCUCAGACAGACAAGAUAAUCAAAGCAUUAAUGCUUUCCCGAUGAAGGACAUGCACGUUAGAGGCUCUAUAGGUCACGCUGAUCUCAAGAGAGAUGCUCCUGUAAGUUUUUUUUUUUUUUAUUAUUAUUUUUCACCUUUUCAGAUAUUAUAA